AUGAGUAGCAAUAGCAAAAAAACAGGAGCUAGUGCUGUUGGUGGUAGUAGUGGUGGUGGUGGUGGUGGAAGUGGUGGUACUGCUACCAGUAAAGAAGACAAAAAGAAUGCAUUGUCAAGCAAAGAAGAUAGUUCAAAUAAUAAAGAUGAAACAGGAUCAGGAUCUGGAACUGGUAAUAAUGGAUUACCUAGUGCAGAACCAUCACAGCCUGGUAGUAAACCUGGUUCUGCUGGUGCUACUGCACGUGAAGGUGCACAAAGAUUACUUGCACUUGCCAGUAGAGGUGAAUGGGCGCCCGUUGAUCAGCUUCUUAAGACUCUGGAAAAAGCGGUACAAAGUGCUGGAGAUGAAGGCAAUCCUGCACCGCUUGCCGGUCUUAUGGAUCCGACAACUGGUAUGACACCUCUGAUGUAUGCUGUCAAGGAUAACCGUACAGCUUUUCUUGACCGAAUGAUAGAACUUGGUGCUGACGUUGGUGCUCGAAAUAAUGAUAACUACAAUGCACUUCAAAUAUCAGCAAUGUAUUCCCGUGAAGAUGUUGUUAAACUGUUGUUAUCUAAAAAAGGGGUUGAUCCUUAUUCGACUGGUGGUCCACGACAACAAACUGCUGUUCAUCUUGUGGCAUCGCGACAAACAGGUACAGCAACAUCAAUACUACGAGCCCUUUUAAAUGCCGCUGGACGAGAAAUACGUCUGAGUAUUGAUGGUAAAGGAAAAAUUCCAUUACUGUUGGCUGUUGAAGCUGGAAAUCAAUCAAUGUGCCGUGAAUUAUUAGCCCAACAAGCACCAGAACAAUUACGGGCAACAACACCGGCUGGAGAUACAGCAUUACAUCUUGCUGCUCGUCGUCGUGAUGUUGAUAUGGUCCGAAUACUUGUUGAUUAUGGUGCCCAAGUUGACAUGCAAAAUGGGGAGGGACAAACGCCUUUGCACAUAGCAAGUGCUGAAGGUGAUGAGACUUUGGUUAAAUAUUUUUAUGGUGUGCGAGCAUCAGCGUCAAUAGCAGAUCAUCAAGAUCGUACACCAAUGCACUUGGCAGCUGAAAAUGGUCACGCAUCAAUAAUUGAUUUGUUGGCUGAAAAAUUCCGAGCCAGUAUAUUUGAACGUACCAAAGAUGGAUCAACAUUAAUGCAUAUCGCCUCAUUAAAUGGUCAUUCAGAAUGUGCCAAUAUGUUAUUUAAAAAGGGAGUUUAUCUUCAUAUGCCAAAUAAACGUGGUGCACGUUCUAUUCAUACAGCAUCACGUUAUGGACACGUUGGUAUUAUAAGUACACUGUUGCAACGUGGUGAAAAAGUUGACGCAACAACAAAUGACAAUUAUACAGCGCUUCAUAUUGCUGUUGAAAGUGCUAAACCUGCAGUUGUUGAAACAUUACUCGGUUAUGGUGCUGAAGUGCAUGUACGUGGUGGUAAACUUCAUGAAACACCACUGCAUAUUGCUGCUAGGGUGUUAGAUGGUGAUAGAUGUGCAUUGAUGCUUCUUAAAAGUGGUGCUGGUCCUAAUUUAACGACUGAUGAUGGACAAACACCAGUACAUGUUGCUGCUAAGUAUGGUAAUUUAACAACCCUUAAAUUAUUAUUAGAGGAUGGUGGUGAUCCAAUGUAUAAAUCUAAAAAUGGUGAAACACCAUUACAUCUAGCCUGUCGUGGUUGUCGUUCAGCAGUAGCAUCAUAUUUGAUAGAAUUUGUUAAAGAAAAAAAGGGCCGUGACGUGGCAACUAAUUAUGUAAAUACUGUUAAUAAUGAUGGUGCUAGUCCACUGCACUAUGCUGGACAAAUAGAACCAACAGAAGUUAUUGAAUUGGGUGAUGAUCGUGCUGUUGUACGUAGUUUAUUAGAAAAUGCUGCUGAUGUAUCAUUGCAAACAAAACAGAAUCAAGAAACGGCAUUUCAUUAUUGUGCAUUGGCUGGUAAUAAUCAAGCAUUAACAGAAAUGAUAAAUCACAUGUCAUCAACGGAUGUACAAAAAGCAUUGAACAAACAAAGUGCUGUUGGUUGGACGCCGCUGCUGAUAGCUGCUCAUCGUGGACAUAUGGAAUUGGUAACAACAUUAUUAGCUAAUCAUGCCCGGGUUGACGUAUUUGAUCUUGAGGGUAGAUCAGCGCUACACCUGGCCGCUGAGCAUGGUUAUCUCCAAGUCUGCGACGCUCUGCUAGCCAGCAAGGCAUUCAUCAACUCUAAAUCACGUGUUGGACGUACAGCAUUGCAUUUAGCUGCUAUGAAUGGUUACACACAUCUUGUUAGAUUUUUAAUUCAAGAUCACAGUGCUGCUAUUGAUGUAUUAACACUGAGAAAACAAACCCCACUUCAUUUAGCUGCUGGCUCUGGACAACUUGAAGUAUGCCAAUUAUUAUUAGAUCUUGGUGCUAGUAUUGACGCUACUGAUGAUCAAGGACAAAAGCCAAUCCAUGCUGCUGCUAUGAAUAAUUAUGCAAAAGUUGUUCAAUUAUUUUUACAAAGCCAUCCAAGUCUUGUUAUGGCUUGUACCAAAGACGGUAAUACUUGCGCUCACAUUGCGGCAAUGCAAGGUAGUGUUAGAGUAAUUGAAGAAUUAAUGAAAUUUGAUCGUCAGGGUGUUAUAUCUGCUAGAAAUAAAUUAACUGAAGCAACUCCGUUGCAAUUGGCCGCCGAGGGUGGUCAUGCUGAAGUUGUUAAAGCAUUAGUACGUGCUGGUGCAUCUUGUAUUGAUGAAAAUCGUGCUGGUUUUACAGCUGUACAUUUAGCUGCUCAACAUGGCCAUGGACAAGUAUUGGAAGUCAUGAGAACUUCUCAAACAUUAAGAGUAUCCAGUAAAAAAUUAGGCGUUACUGCUUUACAUGUUGCCGCUUACUUUGGUCAAGCUGAUACUGUGCGAGAAUUGCUUACUCAUAUACCGGGAACGGUUAAAUCAGAUCCACCAACCGGAGGUUCAUUAGUUGGUGAGCUUGGAAGUGAAUCCGGAAUGACACCACUUCACUUGGCGGCUUAUUCAGGAAAUGAAAAUGUCGUUAGAUUGCUGCUUAAUUCAGCUGGAGUUCAGGUAGAAGCAGCUACUACUGAAAAUGGUUACAAUCCACUUCAUUUAGCGUGCUUUGGUGGGCACAUAACGGUUGUUGGUUUAUUAUUAAGUAGAUCAGCAGAAUUACUUCACAAAGCAGAUCGUUAUGGAAAAACAGGAUUGCAUAUUGCUGCUAAUCACGGACAUUAUCAAAUGGUUGAAGUGUUGUUGGGUCAAGGCGCAGAGAUUAAUGCUACUGACAAAAAUGGAUGGACGCCGUUGCAUUGUGCUGCAAGGGCAGGUCAUUUAGAUGUUGUUAGAUUACUAGUUGAAAGUGGUGCUUCACCAAAGACUGAAACGAAUCUUGGAAGUGCACCUAUUUGGUUUGCCGCUUCUGAGGGUCACAAUGACGUAUUAAAAUAUUUAAUGGAAAAGGAGCACGAUACAUAUGCAUUGAUGGAAGAUCGAAGGGUAUUUGUCUACAACAUGAUGGUGUGCAGUAAAAGCCACAAUAAUAAACCAAUUGAGGAAUUUGUUCUUGUAUCACCAGCUCCAGUGGAUACAGCUGCUAAAUUAUCAAAUAUUUAUAUGAAAUUAUCGGAAAAGGAAAAAGAACGAGCCAAAGACUUGAUAGCCGCUGGAAAACAGUGCGAAAGUAUGGCCACUGAAUUAUUGGCACUAGCAGCCGGUGCUGAUUCAGCUGGUCGUAUUCUAACAUCAAUGGACCGCCGUAAUGUUGAAUUUUUAGAUGUACUAAUAGAAAAUGAACAAAAAGAAGUUAUUGCCCAUACAGUAGUGCAACGUUACUUACAAGAAUUGUGGCGUGGACCAUUAACAUGGAGUGCAUUUCGUACAAUUCUUUUGUUUAUAACAUUUUUAAUUUGUCCACCAGUGUGGAUAGUAUUCGCCUUACCGUUAGGACAUAAAUACAACAACGUACCAAUUAUUAAAUUCAUGUCAUACUUAACGUCACAUGUAUAUUUAAUGGUGCUACUUUUAUUAGUGGGUAUAAUCCCGCCGUUUGCAGUUAUGAGGUCAAAUUUACUGCCUUACUCAUACGAGUGGUGUUUGUUAGUUAUGUUAUCCGGUUUAUUAUUAUUUGAACUAACAAACCCGAGUGACAAAAGUGGUUUAGGCUGGAUUAAAUUAGCAGUACUGCUGUUUAGUAUAACUGGUGUUGGUUUACAUUUAGCAGCAUGGACUAUUGUUGAUAAAUAUUACUGGCCAACACUGUUGUAUCUACGCAAUCAAUUAUUUGCGUUGAGUUUUUUACUGGCUUGUGUACAAAUAUUGGAUUUUUUAUCAUUCCAUCAUCUAUUUGGACCCUGGGCCAUUAUUAUUGGGAAUCUUAUGAAGGAUUUAGCAAGAUUUUUGGCGGUACUCGCGAUAUUUGUCUUUGGAUUUUCAAUGCACUUUGUUGCUCUAAAUCAGGCGUUUGUCAAUGGUCCUCAAGCAAGAACCAAAAGGAAUGCUUUUUCAGAUGUAACAUUUGGAAUUUAUAUGCUGGUAUCAGUUGUUGUUUUAAUAAAUCUACUUAUUGCCAUGAUGAGUAACACUUAUCAAAGGAUACAAGCACAGUCAGAUAUUGAAUGGAAGUAUGGGCUCAGUAAACUAAUUCGUAGUAUGCACAGAACAACAACGGCUCCGUCGCCAUUAAAUCUAUUAACAACCUGGAUGGUGUAUUUUAUUAAAAUUUUUCGACAACGUAUUGUUAAAAAAAAACGUCCGUCAAUUGUGCACAUGAUGGGGUUACAAAAUACCGGACGUUUAUCACCGCGUUCAAAGAUGGGUGCCAAAUGGUUAUCAAAGAUAAAAAAAGGCCAAGUACAUCAUGUACAGUCAAAGGACAAUCUACAAUUGUCUGUUGCACACUUAAGUCCAUUAGGAAGCCAAUUAUCAUUUAAUACUGCAUUGAGAAUUGAAAGUGUCGUUGAUUGGGACGCUAUUCGUAAAAAAUACAAAAGUAUUACCGGUAGUGAAUCUGAUAAGCAAGAUAGUGAUAAUAGUGAUGAUAGUCCAAUUAAGAUGAAUCCAAUACUGGCGGUUGAGUUACUCUUCUUCGCAAUAUUUGGACAGACAACACACGAACAGUUCAAAGUUUACAAAGGACCAGACCCGCCGUUACCGGGACAACUAGGACAACCAGGAUGGACAACAGGACUGUUCAAACUUGCAUUUGGUAUUUAUAUGCUGGUAUCAGUUGUUGUCUUGAUAAACCUGCUAAUUGCUAUGAUGAGUGACACUUAUCAACGGAUACAAGCUCAGUCGGACAUCGAAUGGAAGUAUGGUCUCAGUAAACUAAUUAGAAACAUGCACAGAACAACAACAGCGCCAGCGCCACUUAACUUAAUAACAACUUGGUUGCUGUAUUUAAUAAAAUUAUGGAAAAAGAGAGGUGUUAAAAAGCAACGUCCGUCUUUGGUACACUUAAUGGGCUUAAACCGGACAGGUCGAAUGUCCCCGCGAUCUAAAAUGGGCGCUAAAUGGCUCGCUAAAGUUAAAAAGACCCAAGUUUCUCACAAAGACAGUGUUGCUAUGUCUGUCGGACACUUAAGUCCCCUUGGAAGCCAAUUGUCAUUCAGCAAUGCCUUGAGAAUAGACACUGUUGUAGAUUGGGAAGUUGUCAGAAGAAAAUAUUUAGAACUUUUUGGCAACGAAGCUGAUAAGCCUAUUGAAGAAAUAAAAGAAGAGCCUUCUGUUGUUCCUGCUACUGAACCUGUUUAUGGAGUACUUGCCGAUCCAAUAGAGGUAACUGAAAAUCUAUUUUUUGCUAUUUUUGGACAAAAGGAUACCGAUGAUUUUAUAUUUGCCGGGAAUCGACAACCACCUUGGACAAUAUUUCUCUUUAAGGUAUCAUUUUCACUGUACAUGCUUGUGAGCGUAAUAAUACUUAUUAAUUUACUUAUUGCAAUGAUGAGUGACACAUAUCAGAAUAUCCAGUCGCAAAGUGACAUUGAAUGGAAGUACGGUUUGAGUAAGCUUAUUCGAAACAUGCAUAGAACUCGAACGGCUCCAUCGCCAUUUAAUUUAUUUUCAACUUGGAUUGAAUACUUUGUUAGACUGUACAUAAAACAAUACAUCAAAAAAUCCCGUCCAAUGCAUGAUGAUAAAAAAACAUGUUGUAAUUUUUUGUGCUUGAAGCAGAGAAGAAAAAAGAAAUCACUCUCAUUAUCUGGUCAUAUGAGUCCAAUUGGAAGUCGACAAUCGGUUAAAAAAAUGCCGAGUAUCAACGACGUUGUUGAUUGGCGGCUAGUUAGCAAAAAAUACCGAAUGCGCUUUGGUGAUCUUAUUGAAAAACCCUCAAGUGAUUUAUUAAUUGAAUAA